GUCAAUCGGCUGAGACAGCGUAAGAUGAGGGCACGAGAGAAUCGCCAGAAUGCUGAGGAUCAGCGCAGCAUUGUGGGUAGCAUUGGAUACAUUGCUGGCAAUAUGGGCUACAUGGAGGGGAAUCUGAGUGCCAUCGAUUACUCGUACGGGGGAGCAGCCACCCACUAUCCGCUGUGGAAGCCGCACUUUCCGCGCGGCGAGGCACCGCCUCCAUAUGAGGAGGCAGUGGCCAUCUCCCAGGCAGAGGCGCUGAGUGCCCAGUGCGUGGUCAGUCUUCCCGCGAGCUCUCAGCGUGCCGUCGCGAGCGUCAGCCAGCAGCAGCAGCUACAGCAACAACAACAGCAAGCGCUUCAAGCCCACCAGGCACAUCUCCAGCAACAUACGCUCCAGCUGCAUACUCAGCCGCAGCAGCAUCAUGCCCCGCAGUAUACCCAACAGUUGGUGACACACCCGCAGCAUGCCCAUCAGAUGGCUGCCGCCGCCGCUGCAGCAGCAGCAGCAGCUAAUGGUGGCUCAGUUCUGCCGCAGUCGAACCAGUACACGCAGAGCACCACGAAUCUGAUCAACAUCAAUAUCAAUAGUGGGGGCGUGACCACCAUAGCCACUGGCGAGAAUCACCAGCCGCCGUAUAGCCUUCAGAGCGAGCAGCAGCACAGUCUCGAACAACAGCAGCAACAGCAGCACCACCAGCAGCAGUUACAGCUGCAGCAUCAGCAACAGCAGCAGCAAUUGCAACUGCAACAGCAGCACCAACAGCAGCAGCAACAACAACAAUUGGCUCAAGCUCAGGCUCAGGUCAGCAAUGGUUCCAUUUGCCUACAGACAAUGCCCAAGCAAAGUGGUGGCGGCACAAGCGAGUGCAGCUACAAAAACUGUCACUUGAACAUCAGCGCCAGCGUGACUACAGCUGCUGCCACCAGUAGCUCUGCUUCCUACAGUGCGUCACGCAGGACAACGCCACGCGGCUCCCAGGAGCUGCUCCAUCAGUUGCCCCAACAGCAGCAGCAGCAGCAAACGCAACAGCAGCAGUAUCUCACGGUGGCCGAUGUAGAGAUCAAUGCCAGUGCCAGUGCAGCCAGCUAUCAUUCCCUGCCCGCCAGCAGCGAACUCAUGGCCACGCCCACGCAUGCCCAAGUGCUGCAGCAUCAGCAACAACAGCAACAACAGCAGCAACAGCAGCAGCACCAUCAACAGAUGCUGGCAGCUGCCAUGUCCGCGCCGUCAAUGGAGAUAUUGCAGCCUUUAGAAAUAGCAACCAUUUCAUCGGCGCCUGCCUGCAGCACAUCGGAUCAGGCCACACAGCUGCCGUUGCAUGCGACGCUUAAGGCACAGCAGCAGCAACAACAACAGCAGCAACAGCUCAGUCUGGUGUCCGCAUCGAGCAAUAAGACUCCUUCGAGCUCUCGUCGCUAUCAUCGCACUAUUCCGCGAUACUUUGCCGUGGCCGAUCCUCUGCAGGUGAAUGUCAGCAGCAGCAGCAAGGCCAAGAGCAGCAGCAGCAGUAACAGCAGUGAGGUGGCAGCCACCAAGGCCAGCAAGAAGCCGAUGUGCCAGUGCCCCAUCCAGCAUGUGCCCAUGUCCUAUAUGGGCAGCACGGCCAAUGCCAAUGCUUUUCUGAGUGGCGCCGGCAAGCUGUUUAGCAACUCGAGCAGCAAUUCCAGCCCCACAUGCUCUCUGUCGCCCGGCGCUGCUGUGGGCGGUGGUGGCAGUGUCCGGCAUGCUGCUACUUUGGCAUACGGCCAGCGGACCAAGUCCUCGACGAAUCUGCAGCAAAAUGCACAGGAUCUCAUCACGGCUGCAGGAGGUGGCACGCUCAAGCGCGGUGGGGGGUCAGCAUGCGGGCAUGAGCCAAAGAUAGCCACCAUCUCCAAACAAGUGGGCGAUGAGACGCAGACGCACCAUCAUCCACAUGUCAGCGGCAGUUCGGGUGGGUCCAGUGGCGGUGUGAAUGUCUCGGCUAUAAUUCCACCGCCACCGCUGCAACACGCCGAGGAUGUGUCCGCACCGCCCAUCGUUUUGGGGCGCGUCCAGAAGCGUUCCUCAUCAUCCAGCAAUUCUGGGGAGCUGCGUGGGCGUAGCUCAAACGGCAGCGGCAGUGCAGCCGGACGUAGUGCAUCCAGCAGCGGUGGCGGUGGCGCUGCCGAUGUGCUCUCCACUGCCUACUUGAAUCGAAAGGUUGAUGCCUACUUGAGUUUGACACAGAAACAGCAGCAACAUUUCUUUAACCAACAACAACAGCAGAGGCAGCAGCAGCAGCAACAUCACGAUCAAAGCAAUCCGACUUUACCACCGAAACUCUACAAAAGCCUAACGAAUUUAAAAAGCUCAACAGUCGCCAAAACAAUCACGGCGGCGGCCCCUACAUCCUCCUCCUCCUCCUCGACGUGCAACAACAACAGCGUGGCCACCAUUUAUACGCUGAGCAAGUCAACCGCCAGCACGAGUGUGCAGCGGAAAGAGCAAACCACACCAACACUGACACUGCCGCCGGCAAGUCCCAACGCGGCGGGCACCGGGGAGAAGCUGCUGCUGGCCAGUGGCAAGAUCAAUUCGAGCACAUUCUAUCCGUUGGCCAAUCAUGUGACCUACACCCUGCCCAAGCACAUCAGCGGCAAGGUGUCGCUAAACAGCACCAUCAACAGCGUGGUCAGCAAGGUGCCAUCGGUGAUCAGCAUACCGCCCGUGGAGAACAACAAUGCCACAACAGCGACUGCCGCUACCGCUGCUGCAACCAAAAGCACAACACUGCCAAAGAUAUUGCGUGUAAAGCGCGACACGGGAACCGGAACGAGCACGAGUACCAGUACGAGUACGAGUCUGGCCAUAGCCCAUUGCCAGAUGCCCAAUUAUCCGCUGGCGGCGCCCAAGAGCAGCUCCAGCGGCGGGCGAUCGGCAUCGACAACACCGAGCAAGCAAUUGCCCGUUUGCACCACCUCGAAGAACUGUUUAAAUCCCAAGGAGCACUUCUUGCCCAACGACACCAGCCUAGACGAUGACUAUCUGAGUGAGUGCGAGAACUGCAAGAUUGCGCAGAGUGCCAAGUACUAUCUGGAUGAAACCUCCCCACAAGAGACCAUGACGCUGCAGCGUAAAUCGCUUGAGGAGACGAAAGAGGAGCCACACGACAGUUACUAUCGGAGUUCCCAUACACUGCCGAGCAAUGCCAAAAAGCAUGGAUCUGUCAGCAAAAAUAAUAAUCGUGAGCCAUGGCAAUUCUCAACGAUUCCCGCUGCCAGCUCAUCAGACGAGGAUGUCAACGAAUGAGAUUUAAGCCAUUUUCUUUAAGGUGCCCCUUGGGCCAGAAGAGUGUGCAUCCUAAAGAAAAUGUAGGCUACAAAAGAAAAAGAAAGAAUACCCCAAAAAAACCAAAAGAGUAAAGCUAAGAGUUAAAUGUCACCGUAUUUCUUGCUGCAAAAGUUGAAAGAGAGCACUUGUAUAUAAGAGACAGAAAUACGAAAUUUAAUUUAAGUCUAAUGGUCAAGAAAAUGUACGAAUAUUAUUGUGCAUCCACGGAUUAGUUAUGGCAUUGAAUAUGUAGAUUCACUGACUGUUUAGAUAUGCUAUCCCUGGAGAUUACACUAACCAAUCAGCGGCAUGUAAAUUUGCGUGUUUGUUAUGCACCACACAACACACCUCCUGUAUAUCUCUGUAUGUAUGUAAUUGAACAAAAAAUACUGUAUAUGAUACCAUUAGGAAGGGAAAUCAAUUAUAAUCAAUGGAUACACACAUUAUGGAUUAAUGGAUUAGAGGAACUGUUGAAUACUUGGUGUAUAUGCAUUUGAAUCAUAAUAUUAUGAUGUAAGGAUGAAAAGAAGAUGUCAAACAUAACUGCCAUCUGCCAAUCAUUAACUGUCAAUAAUUAUUAUAUAUGUAUUUGUAUAUGUAAUAUCUAUUCUAUGUAAUGUAUGGUAACUUUUUUAUAACUAUGGAAUCUGACCAACAUUGAAGGUAUCUAACCCGCUCCCUGAUUGCUGCACACCCCCCCUCAAAAGAACUGUAUGAUAAGCUUCAACUUAAACUUAUACAAACAAAAGGAAUAAUGGGAAUAUAGGUACAUAUUUUGAAAUCACAUGCCAAUAACCUAAGCCCCUAAAGUUCUUCCUCACUCGCCGCACUCCAUGGUAAAUAUUUCUAUAAUUGCUCGUUUUUUUCCAUAAAAUAAUAAUUCCAUAACUCCCAAAUGAAUGUACCAUAUAUAAAAUGAACAAAAUUGAGUGUAUAGGUAGUAAGUAAAACAAAAAUUGUUUCCAAAAGUCGUGUUUAGACAUUAGACGGUUUCUUUAUCGAUAACGAAGGACUUCUUGGCUAGAGAAUCAUUUAAUUUUAACUCUUCUUUACUCAUUCAAAAGGCGUCGGAGCCCUUAACGACCCAAGGCAGUCAAGUCAGUCGUCGUCUAAUGGUAGCGAUAAAGUCACCCAAAAAUAUAUGAUAGAUAGUAGCGCCACACGUCCCCCAAGCAGCAGUGAGAGGCAGAGAAAUGCUACACGGCACUGCACUAGGUUGCUCAGAUAAUAAAAAAAAAAAUACAUUGUUUGAUUUAAUCAAAUUACAAGAAAAAAAAAACAAAAAACUAGUCGUAAUCAUACUCAAAAACAACAAAGAGAUACUAAGCCCGGAGUUAGUUAUGCCAGCAAUUAGUCGAAAGCUUAAAAAAUAGAUGGAAAGCCAAAGAUUACCAGAGAAUAGAGAGAGAAAAUAUAUGUAUAUUAAAAUAGUUUUUGAUUUUCGUUAGUUUAUAUGUAGUUUGUUCAGUUAAUAAUUUAAUUAUAUUAAACUUUUGGACAAAAAAACACAUGCCAAUGUGAUUUUUGUUCCAGUUUUUUGGUUGUAAAUGCGAUCUCGGAUCCGCCGGGGACUUUUGGUCUGACAAAAACUGAAUUGUGUUCAAUGGAUGCUCAAAACAAAUAUAUAUAAGAAUGUACAAUAUGUUGUUUAGUUUCGGAUAUAUACUUAACGA